AAGAGAAAAAAAAAGAAAAGGGAAAACAAGAACAAAGAGAGAGAUGAGUAAAAAGUAGAGGUAUUUAUGCCCAUUUGCAAAGAUAAUUUUAAAAAUAAUAAAAAUUUUUUAUGAUGAAUUGUAAAUAGUAAAAAAUGUUACAAAUUGUAAUCUCCCAAUUAAAUUUUUUUAUAAAAGAACGGAUGCUAUAUCCACAUGGUCAUUAUAGUAGAAAACGCACGUGUCACUCUCGGGGCACCCUUGAUCUUGAUGGACGGUGAUACUGAGCCAGAAAUCGACGGACCACAGCCCAGUUAUGGAAUUUAUAAUGGGCCGAUCCAUGGGCUUAUCAAUUUGAAUCGGUAUCUGCGGAUCCGAACUUGAGAUCGGUCGCGUCGGACGACUUCCUUUCCCGCGCUCGCUCCUUAAAUAAAAAGGAGUUGCAGACCCGUCGUUUGUUUGUUCGCGUCUCGCCCUCGCCUACGGAAGAGGGAAGGGAAGAGAGAUCGGCAGGGAGAGUGCGGAGGAGGGGUCGGUAGCGCACUAGAUGGCCUGCGAUCCAAAGGAUGACGUCGAUCGGCUCUUCGCCUGCUUCAAGUGCGGGAUAUCUACUCCUGAAUCCGCGAUCAAGGAAAAACGUCUGCACCCGGAGACAUCCAAGAAAGCCGGCUUGGUGAGAGGGAAGGCGUCUACGGUUGUUGGAAUUGCUACGUCGAGCUUGUCUGAACAAUUUGGGCAGGAUUCAACAGGGAAAGAGAAGCUUGGUGCAUGUACAUCUGUAGCAAUUAAACUGAAAAGUGGAAAGCAGAUCUCUCCUAUUGUCUUUUAUGGUUCCCCACAUGGUGCUCCAAUUAAAAGACCAUCACGAUUGUUGCGAUUGUUGCAUGAAAUUCGUAUUGAUCUUAAGGAAGAUAAUGAUUUGAUAGUAAGGGAAGAAUUAUGGACUACUUUUCCAAGGCAAGAGGAAGCAAUCAGAUUCUUAAAAGCACAUGCACAAGCUAAACUUUUUAGUUAUCAAGAUCACUUGAGUGGUCAGAGAAGGUUCCUUGUCUCUACAUACAGUGAGUUCUGGAGAAGGUAUAGAUGUAUGGACCCAAAGUUACGCCAUCACUAUGAAGUCAUUAAAGAGGGUUUGCCUUGCCACUUAUAUUUUGAUCUGGAAUUUGAUAAGACAGUCAAUGCUGACAAAAAUGUAGAUGACAUGGUUGACAUCUUGAUGUCUGUGACUUUCGACAUCUUAUUUGACAAGUAUGCAAUUGAAGCAAAUGAUGGGUGGAUUAUAGAGCUUGAUUCAUCUACCACAAAAAAGUUUUCACGCCAUGUGAUUAUUCGCAUACCAAAGGUUGCAUUCAAGGACAACUCACAUGUUGGUGCAUUUGUUUCAGAGGUAUGUUCUCGCAUUACCAGUCAAAGAGGAAGUGAUCCACAACUUGACAAACUGUAUGUCAGGAAAGAUUCUAGCUCUUCUGAUUUUCAGCUUUUCCUUGAUAGUGCUGUCUAUUCUCGAAAUCGUUGUUUCCGUCUAGUUUUCUCUUCAAAGGCUGGGAAAAAUUCAUUUCUUUUGCCAACCAGACGUUUCAAAUGUAAGGAUAUGACUGAACAGGAAGUGUUCAUGGAAUCACUUAUUUGCAGAAUGGACAGUGAUUGCAAUAAACUUCUAAAAUGUCAAAUUGAUAUAGAUUGCAAGAAAACUUUGUACUUUGAUUUUGAGGUUCAACAACAAACUUCGGAUGCUCUGCAGCACACUGCACUGAAUGCUUAUAGGAGUGAUUUCCCAACCACUUACUCCUCUGGAAAAUCACCAUUUCCAGCUUUAGAUGCUUUUGUGGAAUUCAUAGCAUCUUCAGGAAAUGUUUUAGGUAAAAUACGAAGUUGGUAUUGGUUUUCAGCACAUGGCUUAAUUAUUUACAGUAUGUUGAGAAAUAGAUACUGUGAGCGGAUUGGUAGAGAACACAAAAGCAAUCAUGUCUUCCCAGGUAAUGAUACCACCAAAGCAGUACAAACCUUGAAUUGCAUCUUUGGGCUUCUAAUCUAUGAAUAUUUCAUCUUUGAUUUCUUGAACAUACUGGUUACAUUGGCACUCCCUAUACCCUCAUUAGUGGGAAUCUUGUGCUCUAAGUACGUUUUCUUACUGAUUUCCGUGCCUAAGGAUGUCAGAUACCUUGUGUUUCCCUAGGACAGCGAAUUUUUAGCUCUAAAAUUGUGGUAGAAGCAUUAAUGGAUGCAUUCUAUAAAAAAUGAAUUUGUUUAUGUGACACUUAUUAGUGUUUGGUUUCUGAUCAUGCUUUCAAGUUGUAUUGGACAAGUAUAUCUGAAAUUGCUUUUACAAGAACUUAAGUUGGUAAUAAAAUGGUAAUUCUUGUCAUUUCACAAAUUCAAUAGGUACAUGGAUAGUUUAAUUUUUCAUCAUCCUAGUUCACCUUUUUUUUGCACCUUUGAUUUAUUUGUCCAUUUAAACUGUCAUACCUUCUCUAAGAUUACUUUUGUUUUUUGUUCAUUAAAAUACUCAAAGAUCGUCCUGGAACCUUGUUUCAUCGUUUCCAAUUCCUAUAAAUGAAUUUACUCCAAUGCGCAUGUAAUAUUAUGACUUAACAUCAUUCCCUGUUUACUUACAAAUUAGUUUAGAAAUUCUGGACAUAGUGUAUCACAUCAUAAAUUUACUUUGGUAGAUACAAAAUAUUAGGAGCCAGGCUACAGUAGUAUUACUGCACUCCACAAUUAUUACCAUACAAUUUCAAGCAUUGAAUCAACUUGGAAGAGGUCUUGAUGCAGGAUCAUUUUGAUUUAUUUUUGUCUUGAAUAUUCUUUAUUAGUUUAGGGUGUCUUUUGCAAGUUUUAUAGUUUUCAUAUGCUAGUACCUUAUAUGAGCUUACAUUCAUUACCAAUAUUGUCCAAAGAGAAGAAAAACAGAAGCCAAAUAGAAAAGAGAAGGUGAUAAGAUUCUAUUAAGAAGGAAGUCUAGUAAUAAAAAAUCCUAUCAACUACGAAGGUUAUUUGCUAAAACAACCAUAAAAAUUCAUUUUUCGAAGGAGGAAAGAAGAAUGAUUCAUGUGCUUUCAUAUAUGGGAUGUAAUUUCCUUAGUUGUAUUUGUUUAUUAUUUUAUUAUUUUUGUUUUCUUUGUAUAAAUGGAGUCUA